AUGGAGUGGACCAAGGAGCAGUACAACAAGCAGUACGAGAAGUGGGUGCCGUGGCUAGAGGACAUGUACCUCAAGCUCUUCACCAAGGACAACAAGGCAAGCUACGCAACCAAAGACAACCUCGACAAGACCAAGGUCACGGGCGUAGACCAGGUGGACAAGCUGCAAGACGACGUCCACCACGGCGUGGCGGGCCAGCUGGGCCAGGGCGGGCUGGGCCAGCCGGUCGGCGACCUGGUAUCCAAGGAGGGGGUCAACCGGACAGAGCGCCAGGGCCGGGACGACAAGGGCGGGUACGUGCCGACGGGCGAGUCGCUGACAGAGGGUGCCUCGGCCGCGGCGGGCAAGGCGCAAGAGGGCGUCUCGGCAGUGGGGAGCUCGGUCGGCGGGCUGUUCGGUGGAGGCGGACAGGACAAGGCGAGGAAGUGA